UCUGAUGCUCCUUAUUCUACCCUCUUCCACGGCCUGUUCUUGCCCUGGUUACAGUAUUGGUACAAGCUCAUCUUUCCCACCCUGCAGGCCUAUGUGAUCUUUAUUCUGGAGCAGUGGGUCUUGAGUGGAACAAAUGCUUAGCCUGGGGGAGAUAUGGCAAAGGCAAGGUACCAACCGUUCCGCUACUCAUCAACCAUUCUGCUCCAUGCUCCAUGAUGAUGCCCUGAAAAGCUUAGUGGGGGGCUGUACACUAAGGAUCCCGAAUGUGCAGAAGCAGCAAAAACUUUACUUCGGGGGACAAAAAGGUCAGAGAAAUGUCUGAUCUGAAGUAAGCAGGCGCUAGGACCCAGUGCACGUGAGAGCGUGCUUCUGCCAGAAGGUGGAGACGACGAGACGGGAGGGAACAAUGAAAGAGCUGACUGGUAGGGCUAGCAGAGAGAUUGGGAACAGUUGUGAAAGGGAGAGUGAAAAGCACAUCAAGACUACAAUACCUGACGGACAAUACCAGCCUAAUGCAAAGAGAAGAAAUGGAGACACUUUAAAUAGAUGCAGAGUCGAGUCAUUUUCCGCCUGAAAAGUAUGGUUCAAAUGAAUGGAUUUUGUGUGGUGCUGAAUUGGGAAAUGCAGACCCCAAGAAUAAGGAAAGAUAAACACACACCAGCCUGUCGUUGCCUCGCAGGUUGAGGGGUGUGCGCUUUCCAGAAAGAAACGGGAAAUCUUGCCCUCCAUCUCCAAAUCGUGGAAGAUAACGGUGUCAGUUCUCCAGUGGCACCGAAGAACCCAGAACAGAAGAGCGCCUUUACGCACGGAACUAAACUGAGAAUUACCAUAACAGACAAGAAAACAAGGCACAAAGACCGCUCUGAAUUAAAUUAACUGUGUAGGCUAUACAUUUUUCCAGACAGAAAAACAUUGAAACAAUUUGUUUUAUUAGAAACAAAAUGCACAGCUGCCUUUCAAAUAGAAAACUGUAAUAUAUGGACUAAUUCAUUAAUCUUAAAAUAUGUUUAAUUUAAUUUAAAUCAGAGUAAUUCAAAACACGUCAGUUUAUUGCAACCAGACUCGCUGACUCAACCGGCCUGUAGAAGAGCGCAAGUGCUCCUUGCACCGCGCGAAUGCAGGACCAUGGAGGAGAGAGACAGGUCGCCAGCAGUCUGCCCCACGGCGUCAAGGCCAGUCUGUCUCUGUCACCGUCGGGACCGGGCCACGGGGGCAGUGGCGGGGGAUCUCCCACCUCCAAGAUGGGUUACUGUGGCGGUGGAGGGGUGCCGGUGGAUGACAUGCAGGCCCUGGCCAUCACCUCCCUAUCAGCUGCCGACGUGGCGAAACACUACGAGCACAUCCGCGAGCUGGGCAAAGGCACUUACGGCAAGGUGGACCUGGUGGCACACCGAACACAGGGCACCAAAAUGGCUUUGAAGUUUGUGACCAAGAGUAAGACGAAGCUGAAGAGCUUCCUGAGGGAGUACAGCCUGACGGGCACUCUUAGCUGCAGUCCAUUUAUCAUCAAAGUCCUGGACGUGCUCUUCGAGACUGAGGAUAGCUACGUUUUCGGACAGGAGUAUGCCCCUGCGGGAGACCUGUUCGACAUCAUUCCCCCCCAGGUGGGUCUCCCGGAGGAGAUGGUGAAGCGCUGCAUGCAACAGCUGGGCCUGGCUCUGGACUUCAUGCACAGCAAGAACCUGGUGCAUCGUGACGUUAAGCCAGAGAAUGUGCUACUCUUCGACCGAGAGUGUCGACGGGUCAAACUGGCGGACUUUGGCAUGACGCGGCGCGUGGGCUGCCGGGUGAAACGCGUGAGCGGCACCAUCCCCUACACGGCGCCGGAGGUUUGUCGCGCCAGUCGAGCUGAAGGCUUCCUGGUGACCACCAGCCUGGACGUGUGGGCUUUCGGCGUGCUCGUCUUCUGCAUGCUGACCGGAAACUUCCCGUGGGAGGCGGCGCUGCCCGCCGACGCCUUCUACGAGGAGUUCCGGCGCUGGCAGCGGGCCGGGUGCCCCACGGUGGCAUACCCGUCCCAGUGGCGGCGUUUCACUGACGACGCACUGCGCAUGUUCCAGAGGCUACUCUACCCCGAUCCGGAGAAGCGCUGUGGUGUGAAGGACGUCUUCUGUUUCGUCAAGUACGAGCUGGUCAGCGAGCUCCGUCGCCGUGCCUCCUGCAGGUCCAAGAGAGGCGAGAGGUCCAGUUCAUCCGGUGUGUGCCCCGCAGGAUGUACCUCCACUUCGUCUUCGUCCUCUUCGUCACGCUCCCACAGACACCCGGAGCCCUCAACCCCACCUGGAACGACAACUCUCCUUCGCCCAGCACCCUUGAAGAGGAGCGUCCUCUCCGACCCCCACUCCCCUCGGGAGGAGUCGCCCAGCCAGCAUCACUCUUCUCCAGGUCGGGAGAAGACCAAGAGCCAGAUGGUGAUGGCUACUGCCAUAGAGAUCUGUGUCUGAGAAUGACGGGAUGAGCGGCAGUGUGAUGGGUUUCCAAAGGCAUACGGAGGAGGUGCAGGGUGCAUAUGUCAGGUAUUUUGACUUUGGUGAAAGGAUGACGUGUUAGAACGCUCCUGACUGUGCCACUGAAAUUGUUCUAACUUAAGGCCACGCACUCCAUUUUGAUUCACAACCUAAGACAGUUUUUCAAUCCUGGAGGGACUUUCAAGAGUUUCUCACAGCAACUCUUUCGGACGUUCUGGCGUUUCGCUUGUUAGCCCACACAAUAACACUCCAAAUGAUGCUAACAAUGGAAACAUUUCUAGACGUUUCUAAAUGUGCAGUUUGGUUGAAACACCCAAUGCUCCCUCAUUUCACAUCUCCAGGCUCCCUCCUCCCUCGUUCCCAUUUUUUUCUCACUCUUUCUCUUUCUAUAAAUACCUUCACCCUGGGGAGGCCCAAAUCAUAGCUGGUCGUAAACUAGCGUAGCUGUGGGCCAGUGAUCCAAUGGGUCAAACGUAUCUGUCUAACUGACGCAUUGCUGAACCAAUGGACUUUCACAGCUUUUCUGUAUGUUUUCAGUAUGAAAAUUAGUACAGACUUAUCGAAAGAAGAACCUUUUUAUUUUAGAAGGAAAUGAUAUGGGAAGGUGACUCUUCAAUGUAGCAGUUACUAUGACAACGGGACAUUGCUCAUCUAGACUGUCUGGACUAAGACAGAACCCUGCUGUCAGACAUCAUCUCAGGACAUCUCUGCAGGGCACAUCCUGUCUCACGAUGACUUCUGUUGAGGAUUGCGAGUGAUUUCCUGUAGUAAACCACUGUUUUAAAAAAUGUAUUCUGUUGAAAUUCAUACGCUUGGAAACUCUUUAGGAAUACAGGGAGUGCUAAUUUUUUACAUUCUCUUUUUGUGUGUGUGUGUGUGUGUGUGUGUGCAUGUGUGUGUGUAUGCGUAUGCGCAUUUGUGUGUGCAUGUGUUGGGUAUACAUGGGUUUGUCCGGUAUGUGUUUGAACAACUAAAGCACAAAUUCAAAUUAAAAGGGGCGAAACGUUAAGGGGAAAUUUACUUUAUAUUGUAAAUAUUUAAGAAGUGACGCUGCACACAGCUUUAUUGUCAGGUAGUUCAAACAUGUAGCUCUACACAUUUUAUAUUUCUGGGAGGGGUUACAGGUUUUUAUGUUGUUGUUAGAGCAAUGCACUGUAUGUAGCAAAAUAUCAUUAUGAAGUAUGUACAGUGUAUGGAAAUGUGGAUAAUCCUCUGGUGGGAAGUCAUGGUGGAUACUGGGGUCUAUAGCAUGUGGUGGACAGUAGCAGCUUUUACAGUGUGGUUGGGAUUGACCAGGGCUCAUCGGAACAGUGGUGUUUAACACUUGUCAUGUGUCAUGUCUCUACCUGAGCACAUUCUGAACAUCGUGAACUCAUCAUGACCUGCAGCCCACGCCGAGCAUCGUUAACCCCCCUUUGACCGUUUCAGUACAGCUCGGUUCGAUAUAAUUGAACGAAUGACUGCUUCUCUGCACCACAUGCAUACUGUACUCGCAACAGGACCCAAGCGAUUCCAAUGCGCUGUCCUCGCAAUCGCUCCGGGCUCCGCAAACCCCUAGCCGCCCCAUUUCCCACUCUCCAUCCUUCAUCUUUCUCUUCCUUAUCUCUUGCUUGACGCCCGCCCCCCCCCAUCUGCCGUCCUUACACACCUGAGCCUCAGAGCCUCACAGUGGUGUCUGACUUGAUGACCCGUCUUCCCCCUUUGGCAUGCCAGAGGCUGAUGAUUGAUUAAGAGCGCCACAUGGCAGAAGAGUCUUCAGCUAGCCAGUAAAAUCAAACUGAUUACUCAAGCCUCUAAAAAGCAUGCCGCCUGCCACUCCUUUAUCGAGCGCUCGUCUCUUUUGAUCAGCUAAGCCGCUGCCGCUGUUAUGAAGUUAGGUUGUGAGCGUGCGUUCAUCCUUUUCCCCGGACGACAACCCAUCAUCCCUGUCGCUAUGGUGACAGUCUGUGUUUUUUCUUCCCUGUUUCGUUCGUCAGCUUCUGUCCAACCCCUGAAACAUCCAAUGUAAUUGACUUUGCCUGGUCAUUCUGGUCACACGCUCCCUGAGUGCGAGUAACGACCACCGCCCUUUCUGCCACGAGUUCAUGGCAGUGGCGUCGAUGUUAUACAUAGCCCGUUCUUGGUGUAGUUCACAUCUCCCUAUUGAUCUCGUCCAAGUCUGCGUUGUUCAUCACAUAUAACGUCUCCAUAAAUUGAGAGCCCACUUCGCCUGUUUACGUUGUCUGUCCGUUAGGCUCAACUUUCUUAGUCCGCCGUCGUCUCUAGAAAGCCUACUGGCUUGUCAUGAUGAUACACGUUAAGGGCCAAUCCUUACUUAAAACAAUGAGGAUGUGUAUUUUUCACUCUCUCAAGACAGAGCUCUGGAUGCAAGGAAUGGUCAUGAAAAAUAUACUGUAACAAUAUAAAGCUUUACAGUGCGUAUUUACAUUCAAAGUCUUAACAAACAUUUGAGUAGAAGCUUAUAUUUUGGGUUCUUAUGGGGUUACGACAGUUGAACUAAGCCCAUGGAGCAUUUAUAAGUUAUAGUAGCAACUGCAGAUUGAUCCUAAGGCUGAAUGUAGUCUGAAGAAAUCGGGAAUUAAUUGACCUCUCUGGGUCACUAUGACCCUCAUAGAUUACUUAAAAAGCUCUUCCAUUGAUCCAGUCUCCCAUUGGUUGUGGGAACAUGGAACAGCUCUCGGUCUUAGUCUCCACUUGCCGCAUCAGUGCAAUAAUGUAGAUAAGUGCAGGGUUGGUUUAGAGAGACGUAAAAUGGUGGUUGAAGUGUUAUGCUUAAUAUUUGUAAGCCUUUCACACAUAACAAGGAAAUAGACCCAUUCUCUUACAGAACAAAAGGGGAUGUGCUGAUUCUGCAGGUACCAGAUGUGGAAAAAAAUGUGGAAGCUACUUCAUCUAAUAGGGGCUACGUUAGUUCCUAUUACUUAUUAGAACUGAGGUUGGUCAAGCUGACUUUGCCCUGUAGGCUUGGGCAUAACCAGCUGGAUUCUGAUGGAUACUUGUUCACUCUCAGACACUGGUUUGCCUCGUUAAGUACUUUGGGAGAAAUUAGGGUUAAUUGCCAUGCUCAACCGCAGAAUUACAGAUUAGGGAUUUGAGCUAGCAGCCUUCCUUUUGCCAGCCCAAUUAUUCAACCACUAGGCUACCUGCCGCCCCAUAUGAUAUAAAUCCUGAUUGGCUUAACGCUGUGAUGUAUAAGACCAUAUAGCAAGAGUAUGACAAUUUUUCUUUUUACUGUGGUAAUUGUAUUGGCAUAUUAUAGCACUAAGGCACUUCAGAGGUUUUGGUAUAUUGCCAAUUCACCACAGCUAAGUGAUGUACUGUAACAAGGCACUCUGCACUGCAUCCUGGGGAAAAAAAUGAUGCUCUCAGCCGUGGUAUAUUGGCCACAUACCACAACCCCUUGCACCUUAUUGCUUAAACAUGUAGUUAAAACUUAAAUCCAUGACAUAAAUAUGUUGCUGCAGUUUUGGGAAAGGGGAAAAAUGAAUUUGGAUAUUAUUUUGGGAUAUACACUGUUUUGCUGUGUGAAAUAGUAAAUACUUGGUAAAUAGUUUUGUUCAAUAUGCAACUUUAUACAUCAUAACAGUGUUAUGUCAAGUGUCCCGACUGUUAUAAGAGGUUAUGUCAGCAUAAUGACCACAUUGUGUAGUGUUGACUUUAGCUAUGUAGUGAGUACAAUAUUGUUUGGCCUACUGUUUACCUCAUGUCCUGAUCCUACUAGCUGGCCUCCACCAGGCUGUUGAAUUACAGUAUGUAAAUGUAUGAAUUUGUUACGCCUUUAACACAGAAACAAAUAAAAUAUUU